AUGAGGAAUAUACUGCUGGCUGCUCUUUGCGUAGUCGCCGUAUUCUCGGCGUCGCACGCGCUGAGUAGUCCGCUGUCGCCCCCGCCGACAAGAUACCAGGCAUUUCCUUACUGCGCAAAAUGCGUCGCUUUGGAGCCUAUAUACCGUCUAAAGCCUGAUUUUGCCGGAUUUGGAAAUCGCACCUUCUGCUUCACGCUGGAAGUGAAUCCUCUCAAUGCCGACUUCAUGUGCAAGAAUGCAUUAAUCUACAAGAUGGAUAUGCUUCUCAACAAAGGGUGCGGAAGGGAUGUUAACGUCAAGGCUUUCGUAAAUGGCGUCUUCACAAGGAGCUUCACAGAAUCUCCACGUUCUGCCGCAAAUGGGACUGUGAUAUUGAAACUGAACGAUCUGACCGCGCGACACCUGGGUAUCAACAGCAAUGGCGCCAGGAUUUGCCUUACUAUAUUGAAUGGGGGCAAGGGCAACUGCACCACUUUGAGGUCGCUCUGUGCAGACCCUAAGACCACCAACUUCAGAAAGGAUAACAACGGCACUUACAGAAAUACAAAUUCCCAAGAGUGCAUGGUUGCGCUAUUCGCCGGGAUCGACAGUGGCUCCGACCGUACCUGCUGCGACCCCGGUUCUCCCCCAUCUCCAACGCCGCCCCCGCCGCCUCCUCCACCACCUCCACCUCCACCUCCACCUCCUCCAGGGAAUUGCACGGAGGAGAAGCCCCCGGUAGUUCCACAGAUCACUUGCACAGCAGACUUUAUCAAAGUUUGCUUAAAUUUGGACUUGCACGCUAACGCUACAGAGCUGCAUUCCGUGGUUGGUGAAAAUGCCGGUCCCUGGCUGAAUUACGCUCACAACUCCACGUGUGCGGCAAGUCGCUCCAACUACAGCCUCACAAUUACGGUCGGAGGGGAUGGCGACUGGUCGACUGGCAACGUCUCGUUCCGUUGUUUCAAUGCGUCAACUGAAACCAAGUGCCAAGGGCCCUCGAAGAAAUCAUGCAACUGCAAUAUGGCGAGGAACAUCACCCCCUUCGCCGCCUUGCCGACUAUGAGCGGUCCCUUCACGGGCCGCAAGAACACGAAGCUGUACUGCUUCAACAUCACCGUCGUGAAGCCCAUCGAGCCAAAUAGCACCUGCGGUAAAAGCAAUGUGCUCGAUAAGGUCAUCAUCUGGGCCAACGACACCAGUUUUUACCGCAGCAGCAUCAAGUCCAUCGCUCUCUACGCUGCGGGCGACACCACCGCGAAGUAUGUCCCGCCGAGCUGGAACUCGGAUAGACAGGAGGUGAAGGCAACCAAGAUUGGCUGGACUAAGGAUAAGGCGAACGGCGGCGCCAUCUGCCUGGAGCUGGACCAAAACGUCAACCUGGCUGACUUUUGCAUAUGGCGGGGUCCCAAGCAGAAGAACUCUUGCAUGGCAGCCCUCUUGUGCGUUCGUGCGUUCGUGCCGUCCUUGAAGUUCGGCAUCACUGCCUGCUCGGUCGCGUCCUUGUGCCUAUCCUUCUGGAACAGCCGCUCGUCCAACAUUGCUUGUGCCACUGCUGAUGGUUCCCCCAGAAAUGAGGCUGAGCUCCUCCGUGAUUGCCGCUUCCGACAAACCUGCACUUUCCCUACGACCACCCCCUGCAGCACGACCCGCCGUAUCUUCUCGUGUGACAGCAACCCCUCCCGAAACCCAGCAAAACUCCUUGCGCUGCGUUUUGUGGCUGAGUCCCCCAGCGAAAAGGAGUCCGUUCGGGCUCCACUUGCCGCAGGCCCCUCCAUUUUUUCGUAUGCAGCGAUUGCCGCGCUUCCUGUCUUAACCACCCGGCGUAUGUGUUUGUGUUCGGGUGUUAUGCAUAUGAAGGUGCUCGUUCAGCGACCGUCGGCAAAGCAACGACAGCAGGACGCUGUGCUGGCGGAAGUCGCAACCUAG